UAUUUCUACUGUACCAACCAACUCCCCUACGCAUGAGCCUGUUAUAUGGGCGGACCGGUCAGUCAGCUGAUGACUAAACUACACCACACAAUCCCUGUCCUCAAUACAUGGAUUUCGUCACGCGAAUGAUUUUCUAGCCAAGUACGCACAAUGUGGAAAUUUUCAUACAAGUGCAGGAAGAAGACUGGCAACUUGGUGGGAUUUUACUCAGGAAUGUGUCCGCUGCGCGCACCUGGAGCCGCCGGAGACAUGCAGGGGCAACAGAUUUUAGCUUGUUUUCACUCUGUUUUAUGAUACCGAGCCGCAGUGGACCUGCGAUUUAUUCCUGUGAUGGGGAGAAUCACAUGGAGCUGCGGUGCCGUGAUCCUGCUGGCCAUCAUCUGCUCGUGUCGUGCCGCCACCCUGGAGUCCGUCCACUGGAGCAGCUCCAACACAAAAUUUAGUCCGGAUCAGGGUCUGGUCCUGUAUCCUCAGAUUGGGGACAAGAUGGACAUUGUGUGUCCCCGAGGAGAUGCUUCCUCAGGGGGGAAGGAGGAGUUCUACCGAGUCUACCUGGUCUCCCGAAGUCAAAUGGGGAGCUGUGCCAUCGACAAGACGGACACACCCCUGCUGAACUGUGACAAACCUCACCAGGACGUAAAGUUCACAUUCAAAUUCCAGGAGUUCAGCCCCAACCUUUGGGGUCUGGAGUUCCUCAAGGGGAGGGACUAUUAUAUCACCUCCACCUCUACAGGCUCUCUGCAAGGACUGGAUAACACAAAUGGAGGAGUGUGUAGAACCAAAUCAAUGAAGCUGGUGCUGAGAGUCGGCCAAAGCCCCUCAGAUCCACCUUCCACUCUCCAGGAGUCCCCAACCAGAUUCCCACCAACACGACCAAAAUCAAAGGCCAAGGACCCUCCUGGCAAAGACAUGGAUACACAGAGUAAAACCGACGCGGGCUCAGAAGGAGGACAACCAAACCACAGCGGCAGCGGUGGCCCCGAGUCAGGACUUUUCAUGUGGGUUGUCAUUGGCUGUGUGAUCCUCAUUGUGGUGAUCAUAAUUUUGCUGGUAGUGCUGUGGAGGUACCAUCGCCGCCACUGUGUUCCAGAUAGGCAGCAGUCUGCCUCGGUGUCCCUCAGCACUUUGGCUGUGCCGAAGCGGGACAGCAUCAGCAGCGACAACAAUGGCUCAGACCGCAGUGAUGUUGUAUUUCCUCUGCGGGCUUCAGACAGCAUGAUCUGCCGUCAUUAUGAACGUGUGAGCUGUGACUACGGGCCCCCUGUGUACAUAGUUCAGGAGAUAACACCCCAGAGUCCCACCAACGUUUACUACAAAGUCUAACGUUUGCUGCUCUAAUGCCGGAGGAGCAUAAAUUUUAACUGUCUGGGACACACUCAGAAUACAGUCAAUGACAUAACACUUCCAUUGCUUUAGUUUUAAAGUGUGUCAUGGGCAUUAAGGAAGGUUGUGAUUUAAAUGGCGUUAUCAUUUUGUUUUCUUGAUCUGCUAAAGAGACAUACGUCAUAACACAUCAUUCAGUUUGCUUGGAAGUGUGUAGUAAAUGCCAGUGGUGGAUUGUAGCUAAAUACGUUUACUCAAAUACUAUACUUAAGCUCUAUUUUUGAGGUAUUUUUACUUUACUCAAUAUGUCUAUUUCACUUGAUACUUCCACUACAUUUACAAACAAAACCUACGAAAAAUGCAAAAGAUCAUGCACAGCAAGAAAUCUAACUAUAUAUAUGU